GUCCUCCGCGAACCUCGUCCACCUCAUAUCCACCCUCUUUGGCUUGCGAGAUGGCGACCGCGCAGGUGCUCAGCAAUGGGAGCGCGUCAGACUGGGCAGAUCGCUACUAUCACGUCGACCAGAUUCUUGACAGACCCGGACCGCGCACAGAUCCCUCUUUCCUCGCGGGCGAAGAGGUGAAGAAAUUCCUGCGAGAGACAUCCAAGAUUCUUGUUAUUGGUGCAGGGGGAUUGGGGUGCGAGAUCCUCGCGAAUCUGGCUUUGUCAGGCUUCAAAGACAUUCAUGUCAUCGACAUGGACACGAUCGACAUCAGUAACCUCAACCGACAAUUCCUCUUCCGGUCGAAGGACGUCGGCAAGCCAAAAGCUAUCGUUGCAGCAGAGUUCAUCAUGAAUCGUGUGCCGGGAGUCAAGGUCACUCCAUAUUUCGGAAAGAUACAGGACAAGGACGACGAUUACUACAUGCAAUUCAAUCUCGUCAUCUGCGGUCUAGACUCCAUAGAGGCUCGUCGUUGGAUCAACGCGACUCUUGUCAACAUGGUCGACCCUGAGGAGCCGGAGAGCUUGAAACCCCUCAUUGACGGCGGCACAGAAGGCUUUAAGGGUCAAGCUCGUGUCAUUCUUCCGACCGUGACUUCUUGUUACGAGUGCUCCCUUGACAUGUUGAACAAGCCGACCGCGUUUCCCAUCUGUACCAUCGCCAACACACCACGUCUACCUGAACACUGCAUAGAAUGGGCAUCCGUCCUUGAGUGGCCACGCGUGUUCAAAGACAAGAAGAUGGACACUGAUGACCCGGAACAUAUCGGCUGGCUCUAUAAUACGGCCCUUGCGCGUGCGAAGGAAUUCAAGAUUGAGGGUGUGACAUGGUCACUCACACAGGGUGUCGUCAAGAACAUCAUCCCUGCAAUCGCCUCUACAAAUGCUAUCAUCGCAGCGUCAUGUUGUAACGAAGCAUUCAAGAUUGCUACAUCCUCUGCGGCUUAUCUUAACAACUACUUCAUGCUCAUCGGAACCGACGGCGUCUACUCCUUCACUUUCGAGCACCAGAAGCGCGAUGACUGCCCCGUCUGCGGCGGACAGGCCCUCGACAUCACCAUCAGCAAGGAACGGACCGUACAGGAGCUGAUAGAUAUGUUGCUCGAAAGACAGGAUGUCCAGAUCAAGAAGCCAUCCAUGGCAACUUCGACGAAACAGAUCUACUUCCAGGCGCCACCGCAGCUCGAGGAACUCACACGUCCGAACCUAGAGAAGAAAGUCUCGGAAAUGGUAGGCGAGGGUGACUACAUUACGGUCACGGCCAGCACGCUGCCGUUCGACCUGACUCUGAAGAUAAAGUACACCUAGAUGUUGGUUCGAACCUUGCACUGCUGUGUCAAAUAGCUUUGAACGCCAAUGUACUCUUUGCUAUCGAUGUCACUUUACCCUGAUACUGCUCGUGAGACGAGGGCUGUAUAUAAGUUGCGAUUCAUAG